CUUGAAAUAUAGUCUCGUUUUUGUCUAGCGGAAAAAUCGCCAGUCUUCCAACGACACAGACGUCGAUGAAGCUGACAAAACAGAAGAACCACUCGCUUCUUUGGCGGGAAAACGUGGUUCGGAGGCUAUUGAGUCCCGGUCUUCUUCAGAACAAAUUGACGCCGUCUCCAGCGAAUAUAGCAGCGAAGCUGCAGAACCAUCGUUGAAGAAAGAUUCUCAGAAACCCCGAAAAAAGGAGCAGCCUCCAAACGGCAUUUUUAAGUCUAAAGGGGACAGUCACGGCGGCCGUCAACUCAAAAAAGUCAAAAACAAUGAUACCAAGACUCUGACGAAAAGUAGCCAAAAACAUUUUCUCUUGUCUCGUCGUCCUCACAGUUCCAAGUCUUCUUCAGAGGAUGAUGCAUUGGAUCAGAAAGGAAAUACAGCAUGUAAAACCAGCAUUACUAAUAUCAGCGUUUCUCCGAAAACAAAGAAUCCCAAGAAGCCGGUGGUGGUAGUGCACGGUUCUCAUGAUUCCAUCUCUGGAUUAAACAGUAGUGAUUCAGACCAGGAAGAUUAUAUUUCCUCGAAAGCGGGUAGCAAAAAUGUCAAAACUACCCCUGGGCCAAAAAGUAGCAAAAAAGCGGUUGCGUUAUCACGAGAUUCUUACGGUUCCGACCAUUCUUCUGAAGAAGAUUUUGAUCAAGAGGUGGAUACCAUAUGCAGCUCCGUUUCUUGUUCAAAAAGUAUCAAGAAGCCAGCGGCUGCUGUUCAAAGUCCUCCUGGUUCAGUGUCUUCAUUGAGUAACAACGAUUCAGGCCAGGAGGAAGAAAUUUCUCUAAAAGCUGGGCGGAAAAGCACGAAAACUAUUCCCAAAGCCAAAAGUAGCAAGAAGAUAGUUGUGACUUCGCGGGAGUCCAAUGUUUCUGACUCUUCAAAAAAAGAUUCAAGUAAAGAAGAAAAGGUCGGCCGUAAAAGUUCCAAAACUACUGCCGGAGGCAAACGUGGCAAGAAGCUAAUUCCGGUGUCCAAAGCUUCCUAUGUUUCUGACUCUUCAGCAGAUGAAGAUUCAGACAUGAAUGUCGAUACUUUAUCCAAAACUGUUUCUAAUUCCGAAACUCGCAAGAAGCCAAUUUCCACGUCAGGAGGUUCUGCUUCCGGCACUUCCUCUUCUCCUGAUUCAGACCUUGAAGAUGGCCUGAAAAUCAACUUAGACUCAGGUUUGCACAAAAGUGGCGAUUCAAAAUCCAACGAUGACAAAACGGUGACAAUUGCAGAAGGGCAGGGGGACAUUGGGGGCAUCACGAAUGUAAGGAACGAUAAGCAGAAAGAUUCUGAUUCGAGCAGUGAUACUAGUAUCGACGAUCUCGUCAUCUCUGAAAAACCUGUGAAAAAUAAGGCAGGAUCUUCGGCCGAAGAUUUCACUAAGUCUAAAAAGAAGAGAUCGCCUACUUCAAAGCAGUCCUCUGAAUCUGAGAAUCCGUUAUUGACAAAACUUAAACGGUACGUUCCUAUCGCCGGCCUGCACUGCGUAUACAAGCGCUUGUUCGAAGGACUUACGACGGACAAACAGCGGAUAAAAAAAUUGAAGGCAUUUUUCGCCGAGAAGGGGCUCGAAGGUAACUGCGUCCCUUAA